AUGAAGAAUCAUUCACUACUACGAUCGAUUUUAGUAUAAGAAAAUGCAUAAUAUGAAUUAAGCUCAUAUACUGAUAGAUUUGGUAACAAGGCAGUACAUCUUGCAGCUUACGUAGAUGAUCCUCAGAUAUUUGAAAUCUUGGCAGAACUUGGAGGACAAGAUAAUUCUGAUUUUCUAUGGUAGAGAUAUGAAAAGCCAUCAGAUAUUUGUGAUAUAUUUAGCUGCAAAAAUUACAAGUCUGCAGAUAUAUCCAAAACUAGUCAAGGCGUCUAAAAGUAGAGUAGGUCUGCCUAUAAUACUGAUAGAUCACAGGAAUAAUCAGUUCGGCCUUUAAAAGAUGAAGAAGUUGCUAAGAGAAAGAAAACUAAUAGAAUGCACCAUAGUCAAUAAAAAAACCUUAUCUCAGUUAAGACUAAACAUAAAAGACAUGAAUAACCGAAGUAAAAUCAACUUAAACUCCCAAUAAUAAUGCCAAACCAAGACAAAUACAAGGGCUUUGGGAGUACAGCUGACUUGAUCGACUAUAAAUCAAUAAAAGAAAUAAGCGACAGAAUGGACAGGCUUUUCGAUCCCAAUUUUCGCAAGGACAAGCUAAAAACCAUUCUGUCGAACGAUAUUGAGGCAUAAUACGCUCCAAUAUAAGAGUAGGAUUCUGUAUAUUUUGAUAAAUCUAUGGAAUAAUCUAUAUAAUGA